AUGAAUAUGACAUCUGUUUUUGGUCCCCCACCGGAGGGGAUCAAUCUUGACGAAAACAGAAAUGCGGCAGAUACUGCUAUUGUCGUGACUAUAUGUGGGCUGGCGAUAUUCACUAUUAUCUUCCGUCUUGUUGUGAGAAUCUAUAUGCAGGGAGUGACGUUAGAAGCCGACGACUGGCUGAUUGGGAUAACUGCCAUUCCAUUGAUUGCAUUACUUUCAUCAUCUAUUCUUGUACCCAACAUGGUUAUAAUGAAAAAGAUCCUCUUUGCCUAUCUCAUUGUCUAUCUCGCCGAGCUUCUCCUAAUCAAAUUCUCAAUCCUGAUGUUCUAUCGGCGAAUCUUCGGCAUGAACUGGAUGAUCUGGUCCACUCUUGUGAUCUCCUAUGGCUGGUGCAUAGGAAGCAUGAUUGCAGCCCUGUGCGCCUGUGAUCCAAUUUCAUAUUUCUGGUCCGAAAUCACCGAUCCUACAUCUGGCUCAUACCGCUAUGAUUUCUACUACUACUACAUUGGGAAUGCGGCUGCCAAUGUCGUGACGGACGUUCUUAUUCUCCUCGUUCCAAUGCCUAUUGUCUGGAAACUUCAGAUGCGGACAACACAAAAGCUUGGAGUAUGCGCUAUGCUUCUUCUAGGUGGAUUUGUCUGUAUCGCAAGCGGUAUUCGAAUCCACUACCUAACUUACCUCAAAGGCAAUGUCGAUAUCACAUGGGCCUUAGGCAGUGUAUCCGUGUGGUCCACCAUCGAGCCAUGCAUCGGGAUCAUCUGUGCCUGUCUCCCUGUCCUACAGCCCUUUGUGCGCUCAAUGGUCAGGAAAAUGCCUAACUUACCGCGCACGCAUUUCGGAGAGUCGCGUGUACUGUCUAGUUUUAUACAGAGAGUAUCUCUCCAUGAUCGUGAAAACGACAAAUACGAUAUGCAAUGCAGAUCGAGUCCUACGCCCUUCCACCCAGAUGAAGACCUGGAUCCUCUUACGUCGAUCCAGACUCGGGUAGAGAUAGAUCGUAAAGAGAGGGUUAGUGGUGAGGAAAAUAUGGAUCCUAUGGCUAUUCGUGUCAAACGAGUCGUGCAUUGGAGUGUUGAUUAA